UAGCCUGGCAUUGAGCAUAUUUAUGAUAUGGCAAUGUUGCCGCAGCCAAAAAGACAAUUGCAGAAAGUUUUUUUCACAACAAAAAGCCACCGAAAACGCUCGAAUUAAGCAACAAAUGCGUGCCAAAAGCGCAGCGAAUCUCCACUGAGGCCACCGUGUGUGCGUGUGCGUGGCAAAGGUGCGGGCAGAGCAACCAAACAUCACAGGAACACGGCCAGCAGCAGCAGCGGUGCAGCAGAGGGGCGGGCAGAGGCAGAGUCGGCGGCAGAGGGAAAAGUCGGGCAUUUUCAUUGGAUUCGUUUUGGUCCGAUUCGAUUGGAUUGCGGUUACUCCAGCGGCGCCCAGGCGUUCCUCCUCUCCUCCUGUAUUAUGGACAAGAAAUCCUCGCCGGUGCGACGACAAAAGCGGCAGGCGAAGGUGAUCGAGGAGAACUUCUGGGACUGCAGCGUCUGCACAUAUAGAAACUCGGCGGAGGCCUUCAAGUGUCGCAUGUGCGACGUGCGGAAAGGAACCUCCACCCGAAAGCCACGCCUGAACUCAGCGCUAGUCGCCCAGCAGGCCGCCACUUUGCCGGGAGCAAGUGCCAACAUGCCCAACGGGAAGUCCGCCUCCGGAUCACGGCAUGGCAGUGGGCACGACCGGCAGAGGCACAAGCGGUACCCGGCACGGUUGAAAAACGUGGACCGAUCGACGGCACAGACGCGAGAGGUGACGGUCAACUCGGUGACCGUGUUCAUCACAGAGUACAAGGCCAAGCCGGUGAGCAGCCGACGAGAGUCCAGUGAGCAGAGCUUCAGCGAAAGCAACGACAGCCGGAGUUAGAGGAGAGAUACCAGGCCUCCUCGCCCCCAGCUCCCCAAUAUUCUACGCCACGGUUCCCGCUCCCCUGUUACAAGUUGUAAAUUCUAAGUGUUAGGCCCCUGGCGAUAACAAUUGUAAAUCGAAAUCCAUUUAAGUUACCAAGUAUUAGGCCACGUUUAAAGUCCCGAAAGCCAAGCCCCCACUAGUUCAUGACUUCCAGCCCAGGCCAAGAUGGCAAAGCAAAGCGAAGCGACGGCGAGUCGAUUGCAUUUACACGACGCUCUCCAAUCCCCAUUUUAAAAUGCGCUAGACCCUGUAAAUAGCUAUGCAUGAGUUCCCUGAAUAUCUCUGUCUCGUAUCGUAAUUUUAGUUGUAAUUUAAUUCUGCUACUCUAAUUCAUAAUUUAUUGAUGCAAAGGUAACUAUGUAUAACCGCCGUGUACAUGUUCAACAAAGAUAUCAUUUGUUUUGUAAGUGUCGAAUUAAAAUAUGGUUUAACUAAGUGCAAGUUAAUCUCAAUGUUCCACUAGCAGCGCCCAUCCCCCAUGGUUUGUGUAACUAUUAUAAACUGUCCUUUUUUUACUAGAAAAUGCUGCUUGACAACGAAGUGUAGCGAGGAGAGAGCCACGUAGCUUGGUUGUAGACAAUUUGCUAAUUUUAAUUUGUUUGUAUACAAGACUGAUUAAGCGUUACCAACCAGAUAUAGAGAGGUCCGCACACGCACCCAGCCCGAAUCCGAUUUUCCUUUUGUUUUACACCCGAGAUAGCCUCCCAGCAAACAAUAGAGGAAUACUCGAACUCGCAAAAAGAGAAUUUUGUACUUAGCAGAGCUUAAACGCUCUUCCACCAUAGCAAUAAUUACUUAGCAAACAAUGAAAAACAUGAAUUUUGAUAUGAACGAUUGUAUUUAAUAUUGGAUAACGGAUAUAAUGGUUUAUAAAGUGCUUGAUAUUUAUAUUUUGAGAUAGAUUAUUUAGCCACACAUGAACACUAACACACACACCCACACACACUCCUCGAAACUGCCGACUGUAGUCAAGAAACAACUUCCAAUAGACAAACUUCAAUUUGGAUUAUCGUAAACAUUUACAAUUAAUAUGAACAGUUUGUAUUCCAAAUGCUUGGCCAGUUGAGCAUUAAUCAACAGCAACGACAAAGACAAAGACAAAACUUAAGCAAACGCAAUUAAAGCCGCACUCACACGACCACACGGAUAGUUAAAACUUGAAUUCCAAUUGUAAAGCGUCAACUUUUAAAGCAUUAUAAAAUACAUUAAAUAAAUUUCGAAAAUGCUAUUCCAAA